UCAUUUAGGUAUACAGUAGUAUCGCACAAAAUUGUUUACAAAGGGAAGUAAUUCAUACCGAUACAUCAUGGCAAAGUUCUUCAGUCAGACAGAUAUAGAUAAGUUCCGGGAGUGCUUCUUCUUCCAUGCCAGACGCGGCCACAUCUCUAACGAACAGGAGCUGUCCCUCAUAAUGAGGUCACUGGGCUACAGCCCGACCACAAAGGAGGUCAACAAGUACUUCAAUAAGUAUGCCAAAGAAAACAAGAUAGAGUUUGCAUCUUUCUUGGAGGCCAUGCAUGACCAGUCCAGCGUGGAGAAUCCGGAGAAAGAAUUGAUGAACGCAUUCAAGGCCCACGACAAGGAGAGGCGGGGCUACGUCAACGCGUCCGAAAUCCAGCACAUCAUGAUGAGUAUGGGAGAGAGACUGAGCCGCCAGGAAGUUGACGCUAUAUUCCGAGAGAUGGGUGUUCAACAAGGAGGACAGAUACGCUACAAUGACUUUGUGAAAUCCCUGCUAACUCCCGUCCCUGACUACUAGCUCCAUCUACAGGUCAGCCCCAGAGUUAUCGGUCCUACCGCAUCACCAUCUCGUAGUUUUAUUCCAUGUAUGAACUGUCUCCAAGGAAAUCAGCUUCAACUCUUUAAAGUUUCUCAUACACUGAUAUGAUCAUUGAUGAUGUGGAGUAUAUUAAGAAGGAAACAAUCAUAUUUUACAACACUGACAUGUUUAUAAUGAUAACUUUGGAGGAGUCGGUCGUGAAAGAGACUAUUAAAAAGUGAAUUUCAGUGACUUGAAUAACAAUCCAAAAAAUAUUAUCUGAUUCAUGCGUAGGAGCUAGGCAUUUAACCUUUUCAUCCGUAAACAAUAUGAAACAGUCAAUAAAUGUCCAAUAUAAAGAACAUGUUUUUCAUUUCAUAUAGUACAUGUACAUUCAUAAUUAGAAUAAAUGAAAAUAAUAUUCAUUUCACUGUGAUCAAGAGGGACAACUCCUCUCACCAUAUUGAGAAGAGAAUAAGAAUAGUGCAGAGCAAAUUCUAACUACUAUAGCUGAUAUAGUAUAUUGAUAUAUAUCAUAAUUUAUGUUGCCCAUCUGAUUUUCAAAAAGAAACUUACAUAUAUAUCUGAUAUUUUGAUACAAAUUUUACCUUGAAUAAUUUUAGACUAUAGACUAUAUAUAUGUGUAUUGAAUUAACAGGGUUGUGAUUUAAGACAUGAAAAUUAUAUAAGUAUUCCAAAUAUACAUAUCAUUGACAGUUAUGCAAUUAUAGUUUAAUUUGUAAUAUAUCACUUAUCAAAAAUAAUGUGUAUGGUUGUGAUUAAAAUUGUGUGUUGUUGUAUCCAUAACUUGUUACAGCUUAGUAUUAUAUAUGAAAUUAAAUUAUGGAAAUCGA